AAACGGGCCAUAAACUAUUGUAUCGUCCAUCGCUGUUGAAGUGUUUUUAAUCGAAUUAGUGGUAGCAGGAUCACGUUAAAGUCGUAAAAUGAAGCUCUGCAAUUUUGCAAUACUUUGUAUCGUAACAGUAACGUUUUUCAGCUUUAUAAUGAUUACAACGGCAUGGGUUGAUUAUGACUUAGUAGUCGUUGAAACUAUGAAUGACACGGCGGAACCAAUGGAGUAUAAGAUUACUAAAAAACGUGCAGAUCGUUUUACAUUUGUUAUUGACGGCACCGUAGGUUUUACAGAUUUGAAUGGAUGUGAUUCAGAAUUAAAAAUCUACUACAGUGCUCCCGACAGUACCAAGUUUGCAUUGUCACCAUUCAAACUGCCAAGAGCCCCGAUUGAGCAGGCGUUGAACCAGGACUACCGUAAAUACCUGAUGAAUCCACUCAAGGAUUUUUCUGACCUUCCGUACUCAGAGGAUGAGGAAGUUGACUUAUACAAAGAAUUUUUGCAUCACAAAUUUACGAUCAACAAAUUUUUGCUCCAUAAUACGACAAUUCCCGCCGACCUGGCUGACGGAACAUACAAGUGCUACCUUUUCAUCUACAAAGGGCUCGAUGUUUUAAAUGCAAUUCAUGUUAUGCUCAGACUAUACUAAUUUUUGUGAUGACCAUUGUCGAUUGCACCAAAUAUAAUUGCAUGCGUAUCACUUGUUGGCAA